AUGUCUAUCUAUGGGAAAGUGCCAGUUUUCGAUUGCAAAAUAGAUGAGUGGGUGGUACACGUAGCACAACUAAAUAACUUCUUUAUUGCAAAUGGAAUCGACGAUAUCACAGAUGCUCAAAGAGUGAGAAGACGGGCAAUUUUAUUGAAUAGCAUGUCACAAGACUCAUAUCGUCUUACUCGUGAUUUAUUGUAUCCAAAUACGCCUGAAUCAACCGAUUACAAGGCGAUUAUUGCUGCGCUUGACGGCCACUUCGACCCAAAAAAGUGUAUAUACGCUGAAAGACAAAAGUUUUAUUCGGCUAAAAAGGACCCUCACGAGUCAAUGGUGGAGUAUGCUGCUCGUCUUCGUGGACUAGCAUCGGCAUGUUGUUUUGGUACAGCUCUAGAGAUGUGUUUGACGGAUCGUUUUGUACUUGGUCUUGACACUGCGUCGGCCCGAGAGAAAUUAUUUAGAGAAGAUCCCAAUCAACUAAAACUAAAUAAGGCACUUGAAGUAGCUUGUGCAGUUGAAAGUGCGCAGCGUAUUGUUUCCGCUGGCGAUUCAGCAGAGUUAAUUAAGUCUGAACCUGUGCUAUAUACGGACUCGCGGCGAAAAGCUACUGCAAGCGGCGGUACACGAGGCGGUCGCGCCCGUGGUGGCGGCGACGGCGGAGCCCCCAGGUGUAGUGUGUGUGGUGCGAGGUCACACGAUACCUCCGUAUGUGGCUAUCGUCAUCUGUCGUGCAAUUUGUGUGGUGCAAAAGGGCAUUUAAAAAGAAUGUGUUCUAAGAGAUACUACGUACAUAACGAGAUUACAACCAAAAAGGACAAAAUUGUGAAAAAGCAGCAUAAUGGUAUGCAGAAUAAUUACAUUUUGGAAGGUAGUGAUAGGGACGAAUGUAAUGAUUUUUCACCAAUUAAUAAUGUUAGAGAUAUAAAUAAUGAAUCACGUAUUAAUACUAUUUUAUGUAAGGAAGAAAAACCGAUAUCUCUUGAAGUUAUGGUGCGAGGUGUUACUCUUAGUAUGGAGGUUGAUUCCGGUAGUGGGGUAUCAGCGCUGCCCGCGCGCAUAUGGUAUAUGUAUUUCUCGCGAAACUUGUCACUCGUAGAUAAAGAAAAAUUUAUUUUGUCGAAAUAUAAAACAUUAUUUUCUGGUGGGUUGGGCACGUUCAAUAAAUAUAAGUUAACGCUACACUUAAAAGAAGGUGUCACACCAAAAUUUUUUAAAGCUAGGCCGGUGCCUUUUGCGCUCAAAGAUAAGGUAAGCGCAGAGUUGGACCGAUUAGUGCGCGCUGGCAUACUCAAACCGGUUUCUUAUUCUAAUUACGCGUCACCGAUUGUUGCAGUAUUAAAGAAAAAUAAUGACGUACGUAUUUGCGGCGAUUAUUCUAUGACGAUCAAUAAGGCCCUAAUAAUUGACUCUUAUCCAUUGCCCAAAAUAAGUGAGUUAUGUGCAUCGUUACACGAUUGUCGUUACUUUAGUAGGCUUGAUUUAUCAAAUAGUUAUAAUCAGUUCCUUCUAGAUGAUGAGUCACAAAAAUAUACAUGUAUCAAUACGCAUAAAGGUCUUUUUGUUUAUACAAGAUUAGUGUUCGGUUUGUCAAAUGCGCCAGCUUUGUUCCAGCGUGCUAUGGUGCAACUGCUGCAGGGCAUAGAUGGCGUGGAGUGUUUCCUCGACGACUUGUUAAUCGCGGCUCCGACCGCCGAAUUACAUUGGGAACGUGUCGAUUUGGUACUAAAUCGUCUAAGAGACGCCGGGCUAAUGCUCCAGCGCUCGAAAUGUUCAUUCUUCGAAAAUAAAAUAGAAUAUUUGGGUUUUGUUAUUGAUCGUUUUGGCCUUCAUAAAAAUCCGGAUAAAAUAAAGGCUAUUACACAGGCAAGGGUGCCAGGAAACGUCCGACAAUUAAAAUCAUUUUUGGGUUUAGUUAACUUUUACCGUAGCUUUAUACCGCAAGCGGCGGUCAUUCUUGAACCAUUACAUAAUUUACUGCGAAAAAAUAUGAAAUGGGAAUGGACGGCGGAACAUCAGAAAUCAUUCGAUGCUAUCAAAGACGAGUUAUGUUCAAGUCGCGUACUGGCGCACUUUGACCCGCGGCAGCAGCUGGUUCUGACAGUGGAUGCGGCCCCCGGCGGGCUAGGCGCGGUGCUCGCGGUGCGCUACCCCGCGGGUGCCGAGCGCCCGAUCAGUUACGCUUCGCGUGCUCUCACUAAAAGUGAGCGUGGCUAUAGUCAAAUUAUGAAAGAAGCGACUGCCAUUAUUUUCAUUAAUAGUGAAUCUAAUGUAGCUGAUUAUUUGAGUCGGUUUCCCAUUGAUUGUGAUUCGUCGCAGGAUACGGCGCACGUAGAUGACGUCACCAGUUAUGUUAACGCGCUAGCGGCUGCUGGCGCGCCACUGCCCGCUUCAUUAGACGAGCUGCGGGCCGCUUUUCAUAAAGAUAAAGUUCUGUCACUUGACAUGCAAUAUGUGACCAAAUCGUGGCCACGGAAAGUGUCAUCAGAACUUUUGCCAUAUAAUAGAUGCCAGCAUGAAUUAUAUGUUGAUAGCGGAGUUCUCAUGAGAGGUCACAGAAUUGUAGUGCCUACUGUUUAUAGGGCUGCUGUGCUACAAGAACUGCAUGCUGCGCACUUAGGAGUAAUUAAAAUGAAAAUGAUUGCUAGAGAACGCUGUUGGUACCCGGGUAUCGACAGUGACAUAGAAAACAUGGCUUCUAACUGUGGUCGUUGCAUAUCCUUGCGACCGUCUCCUGCGAAAGCGCGCUUGGAGUCGUGGGGGUGGCCUGACUCUGUUUUCGAAAGAAUCCAUUUAGAUUACCUCGGCCCAAUUCAUGGGAAGAUUUUUCUUGUACUAGUCGAUGCGCAUAGUAAAUGGAUUGAAUGCGAAUUAAUGUCAAAUUUUUUAUCAAAAGAACUUAUCAAUAAAUUAAAAAAAAUUUUUUCACGUUUCGGCAUUCCCAAUAAAAUAGUCACAGACAAUGCCAAAACCUUUGUUUCGUCUGAAUUUUCUAAGUACUGUACUGAUAAUGGCAUAACUCACAUUUUAUCUCCUGCGUACUCGCCACAGAGUAAUGGACUCGCCGAGAACGCAGUAAAGACUUGUAAGCGGUUUAUUGUGAAUGCUAUCAAGGAUUGUGGUUUUAAAGACUUCGCUAAUCACUUAGAUAACUAUUUGUUUCACUAUCGGAAUACACCGCAUUGUACGACGGGAGUAUCACCUGCAUCGCUUAUGUUCGGUCGGAAUUUACGUUGUAAACUUGAUUUAAUCGCUGUUAAGCGUUCAAAUUUAGAUCGAAAACCUCUAAUACAUAAAAAUGUGUUAGUGAACCAAAAUCGUCAAAAAUUAUAUUUUGGUGGUAAAAUUAAAGCAUUUUCGAUUGGGGAGAAAGUUUGGGUACGAGACUAUCGAGCCAAUCCCAAAAGACCAACAUGGAUCCUUGGCCAGGUCGUUGCACGCUUAGCCACCUCCGCCACGCGCUCACGGCGCAAGAUGAUCCCGCGGCGGAAGCACAACGCGUCGUCCGGCUCGCUGCCACCGCCAGACGACAAGCACGCCAGCAAUGAUUACAUAUUGUCGGAUGGCGUUCAGCGUGAGGGAUGCUGCGCGGCGCUGCGUCGUCGACUCAACCGCAAGACCUUGCAUAAGAGGGUGCCCAUCACGGCCUGGUUACCACAGUAUAAUGCGGAGAAGGCCGUAGGCGAUCUGAUCGCCGGUAUCACCGUGGGGCUGACCGUGAUCCCGCAGUCGCUGGCGUACUCUAACAUCGCUGGACUGCCCCCGCAGUAUGGAUUGUACGGCUCAUUCUUGGGCUGCUUCAUCUACAUCGUUCUGGGUGGUUGCCGUGCCGUGCCAGCAGGACCCACCGCCAUCGCGUCACUCCUCACGUUCCAAGUUGCCGGCGGCGUAGUCGAGAAGGCCAUCCUUCUAAACUUUCUCACUGGACUUGUAGAACUAUUAAUGGGUGUCCUCGGACUCGGCUUCCUUGUAAACUUUGUGUCAGGUCCGGUGUCCUCGGGCUUCACGUCAGCAGUGGCCCUUAUGAUCGCCACGUCGCAGGUCAAGGAUCUGUUUGCCAUUCCUGUCACCGGUGGCACAUUCUUGCAGCAGUGGAUUUCUAUAUUCCGCAACUUGCACAACGCUUCACUUUGGGACCCGGUGCUCGGGUUUAUAUGCAUCGCCUUACUGCUGCUUAUGAGGAAAAUUGGUAUGAUCAAAUUGGGAUCUAAAGAGGAGUGUGGGCCAAGUACGCGCCAGAAGGUGCUCAGCAAGUGUUUGUGGAUGGUGGGCACAUGUCGCAAUGCCAUCGUGGUGGUGGUCACCGGGUCGCUCGGAUUCUGGUUCGUGUCAAUGCACGGCUCCUCUCCGGUACGACUCAUGGGUGCUAUUCCGUCGGGAGUACCGAUGCCGCAGCUGCCGCCCUUCAGUUAUGUACGCGCGGACAACAGCACGGCUGACUUCUUGGAGAUGGUGUCGGAGCUGGGCUCCGGUGUGCUAGUAAUCCCCCUAAUCGUGCUGUUGGAGGACAUCGCGAUCUGCAAGGCGUUCUCGGACGGGCGCACCAUCGACGCCACCCAGGAGAUGAUCGCGCUGGGUGUAAUGAACGUGUUUAAUUCCUUCGUGCAGGCGUAUCCCAGCGGCGGUUCGCUGGCGCGCUCUGUCGUCUCCAAUGGUUCCGGAGUGAAGACUACUUUCAACGGGAUCUACACGGGUGUGAUCGUGAUACUAGCGCUGCAGUUCUUCACGCAGUACUUCGAGUUCAUCCCGAAGGCGGCGCUCGCUGCCGUUAUUAUCUCCGCCAUCCUGUUCAUGGUGGAAUACGAUGUGGUGAAGCCAAUGUGGCGCGCCAAAAAGUUGGACCUGGUGCCGGGUGUGGGUACGUUCGUGCUGUGCCUGACGCUCCCCAUCGAGCUCGGCAUCCUCACCGGGGUUGUUGUUAACAUCAUCUUCAUCUUGUAUCACGCCGCGAGGCCCAAACUCUCCGUCGAGAUGCUCAAGACGGAGGCUGGCGUGGAGUACCUGAUGAUCACGCCGGACCGCUGCCUGAUGUUCCCGUCGGUGGAGUACGUACGGCGGCUGGUGACCAAGUGCGCGGCGGGCGGCGAUGUGCCCGUGGUGAUCGAGUGCACGCACAUCUACAGCGCCGACUACACCGCCGCCAAGAGCAUCGAGCAGCUCACGGCUGACUUCCACGAACGCCACCAGCCGCUCUACUUCUACAACGUGAAGCCGUCCGUGUGCUCCAUCUUCGAGGCGGUGGCCAAGCCAGAGCACUUCGUGGUGUUCUACGAGGACGACGAGCUGGACCGCCUGCUGGCCGCCGACGGACGCGUGCCCCCCGUGAAGCCGCCGCCGCUACCCUGA